UUCUACUGAACACCACCAAGAAAAAAUAAUAUUGAUCCCUAUAUAUAUAUGAUGGAAUCAAUAGAGCAUCAUAAUAUUUAACUUUUCAUUUUUUUGUUUGUUCGUCAUCGUCUCUCUCGCCAAGCAAACGACAGGAAUCAAGGGAAGAUGUUGGAACAGCUUUUGAUAUUUACGAGAGGAGGCCUCAUCCUCUGGACAUGCAAAGAGAUCGGAAACGCACUCAAAGGCUCACCGAUCGACACUCUGAUCCGCUCCUGCCUCCUCGAGGAGCGAUCCGGCGAAGUCUCCUUCAACUACGGCGCCUACACUCUCAAAUGGACGUUCCACAACGACCUCGGACUCGUCUUCGUCGCUGUCUACCAGAAGAUCCUCCAGCUUCUUUACGUCGACGACUUGCUUUCAAUGGUGAAGGAGAGCUUCUCUGAGAUCUACGAUCCCAAAAGGAUGAGUUAUGGUGAUGAUUUUGAUGAGACGUUUAGGCAGCUUAGGUUGGAAGCUGAGGCUCGGGGUGAGGAGCUGAGGAAGAGUAAGCAGGUGGUGAAGGCUUUGAGUGGUGGUGUGAAGAAGAAGCAAGGGCAGGUGUCAAAGGAGGAAACGAAACAGAGCAGUGGUGGAGGUUCGAAGAAGGAUGAUGAAGGGAAAGUCAAUGGUUUGAGUAAUGGGAAUCAUCAUAAGAUGGAAGAUGAUGAUGAUAACGGGAAAGAGAACACGGUUGCUGAUAAUAAUAAUAAUAAUAGUAAUGGUGGAGUUGAUGUAAGUAAACUAGCGAAGCUGAGGAGUAAAGGAGUGAGAGGUAGAGGAGGUUUAAGGAAAGCUGACAGUAUAGGUAGUAGUAAUAAAGGUUCUUCCAAGGUGGAGCCACCUAAAAAGGCGACUAAGAAGAAUAGGGUUUGGGAUGAUGAUAAGGCGACUAAGCAGGAGGAGAAGCUGGACUUCACGGACUCCGUUGAUGAAAACGGGGGUAAUGGUCAUGUGGAUGUUGUGGCUGCGGACCAGGGAGAAAGUAUGAUGGAUAAGGAAGAGGUUUUUAGUAGUGAUAGUGAAGAUGAUGAUGAUGAUGAAGCAAGAAGUGAUGAGGAAAAGCCUGAGGCUAAGAAGAAGGGAUGGUUCUCUUCUGUUUUCCAGAGUAUUACUGGGAAGGCGAAUCUUGAAAGGACAGACCUUGAACCGGCGUUGAAAGCUCUCAAGGAACGGCUCAUGACAAAAAAUGUGGCUGAAGAGAUAGCUGAGAAGCUUUGUGAGUCAGUGGAAGCAAGUCUUGAAGGAAAGAAGUUAGCUUCGUUCACGAGAAUCUCUUCAACCGUUCAGGGAGCAAUGGAGGAAGCUCUGAUUCGUAUACUGACUCCGAGACGCUCCAUUGAUAUAAUGAGAGACGUUCAUGCUGCGAAAGAACAGAGGAGGCCUUAUGUGGUCGUGUUUGUUGGAGUCAACGGAGUUGGCAAAUCCACCAAUCUUGCCAAAGUGGCGUAUUGGCUCCAGCAGCAUAAGGUGAGUGUGAUGAUGGCUGCUUGUGACACGUUCCGUUCUGGAGCUGUCGAGCAAUUAAGGACUCAUGCUCGUAGGUUACAGAUACCGAUAUUCGAAAAAGGUUAUGAGAAGGAUCCAGCAGUGGUUGCUAAAGAAGCGAUACAAGAAGCAACUAGGAAUGGAUCCGAUGUUGUUCUUGUUGACACAGCUGGUCGGAUGCAGGAUAAUGAGCCUUUGAUGAGAGCUCUCUCGAAGCUCAUUAACCUUAACAAACCGGACUUGGUCUUGUUUGUUGGUGAAGCUCUUGUUGGAAACGAUGCAGUAGACCAGCUCUCAAAGUUUAACCAGAAACUUUCGGAUCUCUCUACUUCCGGGAGCACAAGAUUGAUUGAUGGAAUCUUACUGACAAAGUUUGAUACCAUUGAUGACAAGGUUGGAGCAGCUUUGUCGAUGGUUUAUAUAUCCGGAGCACCGGUUAUGUUCGUGGGUUGUGGCCAGUCUUACACUGACCUGAAGAAGCUUAAUGUCAAAGCCAUAGUCAAGACACUUCUCAAAUGAUCUUCUCCAUCACCAUCAUCACUAUCUUACAUCACUAUCAUCAAUCAGUGUCUUAUCCAUCAUACUUUAUCUGAGUUUUUGUUUUUUUUGUUUUUGAUUUGAAGACGGUUUCUCUUUGGCUAUGAUGUUUAAAAAAAAAAAUCGACAUGACUAUUUCGUUGAAGUAUUAAUGUAACGUUUUUUUUUGAACUAGAUGCUUGUAUGAACCAUGUUAACCUUUCUCAAUCUUAUUUAUAACCGGUUAAGAUAACCAAGGCCAUGUGACUCA